AGCCUUGCCACUUGCACAAUCUACUAGCAGAGGUCAUGCAGCUCCUGAACACGAGCAUGGCAGAGUCGUGGGGUCUCAUCACCAUCUGCCUUUUAGGAUAUCUACUAAGUGCUGAAUGUACAGUUUUUCUUGAUCAUGAAAAUGCCACCAAAAUUCUGAAUCGGCCAAAGAGGUAUAAUUCAGGGAAAUUGGAAGAAGUUAUUCGAGGAAACCUUGAGAGAGAAUGUUUGGAAGAACGGUGUAGUUUUGAAGAAGCAAGAGAAGUUUUUGAAAACACUGAAAAAACUACUGAAUUUUGGAAGCAGUAUGUCGAUGGAGAUCAGUGUGAGUCCAAUCCAUGUUUAAAUGGUGGCAGUUGCAAGGAUGACAUUAAUGCCUAUGAAUGUUGGUGUCCACUUGGAUUUGAAGGGCAGAAUUGUGAAUUAGGUGCAACCUGUGGCAUUAAGAAUGGCAGAUGCAAGCAGUUUUGUGAAAGGGAUGCUAAUAACAAGGUGGUUUGUUCCUGUACUGAGGGAUACCAACUUGCAGAAGACCAAAAGUCUUGUGAGCCAGCAGUGCCAUUUCCAUGUGGAAAAGUUUCUGUUCCACACGAGUCUAAGAAGCUCACCCGUGCUGAGUCUAUUUUUUCUGAUAUGGACUACGAAAAUUAUACUGAGGCUGAAAUCAUUUGGGAUAACAUCACGGAAAGCACUGAGCAAACUGAUGACGUCACUCGGGUUGUUGGUGGAAAAAAUGCCAAACCAGGUCAAUUCCCUUGGCAGGUCCUUUUGAAUGGUGACAUUGAAGCAUUCUGUGGAGGUUCCAUAGUUAAUGAAAAAUGGGUCAUAACUGCUGCCCACUGUCUUCAUCCUGGUAUUAAAAUUGAGGUUGUUGCAGGUGAAUACGACAUUGAAAAGAAGGAAGAUACAGAGCAAAGGCGAAAUGUGAUUCAAAUUGUUCCUCAUCAUAGUUACAAUGCAAGCAUUAAUAAGUACAGCCAUGACAUUGCCCUUCUUGAGCUGGAUAAACCCUUAGCGCUGAACAGCUACGUCACACCUAUUUGCAUUGCCAACAGGGAGUACACAAACACCUUCCUCAGGUUUGGAUCGAGCUAUGUGAGUGGCUGGGGAAGAGUAUUCAACAAAGGGAGGCCAGCCUCGAUUCUUCAGUACCUUAGAGUUCCAUUUGUUGACAGAGCCACGUGCCUUCGGUCCACGAAAUUCACCAUCUAUAAUAACAUGUUCUGUGCUGGCUACAGUGAAGGAGGUAAAGAUUCAUGUCAAGGAGACAGUGGAGGUCCCCAUGUUACUGAAGUGGAAGGGACUAGUUUUCUAACUGGAAUUAUUAGUUGGGGUGAAGAGUGUGCAAUGAAAGGCAAAUAUGGAAUAUAUACCAAGGUAUCUCGGUAUGUCAACUGGAUUAAGGAAAAAACAAAGCUCACUUAAAUGAAAAAUAUAUUUCCAAUAUUGAUUCAUUGGGAUUGAAAGGUAAUUAGGAACUUUACUGAUUAAUCACUUUCCCAUGUCUUGUUAGGUUAGAAUGUACACAUUCUAUAAAUAUUGCUUUUUUCCUCCUUACAAAGGAGAAUCACAUCUAGAAUUUAUAUUUUACUAGAGUAAGUUGAUUAGAGAGUGUAAUUACUAAAGAAAUAUAAUUUGGUAAAAAAAAUCAUGACCAUUUCCAUGGGCCCAACCCUUGACAAAAUUGUGAAGUUAAAUUCUCCACCCUGCCCAUCAGGUAGUAUGGCUGUCCACCACAGUAACCCACCUGACUCUCCCUCCUUAGCAGCAUUCUGUGUUCUGAAUCUUUCUUGUCUCUCCCACCAAAGCAUCAACAUUCAUUAGGACUGUGUCCAAGGAUCUCUGCUCCAGAGUGCCGCAAGGCCAGCACUACACCGCACUCAUAAA